UUAAUAGAUGUAUCUCCUAUUAAAAUAAACAUGACAAUGUGGCUAUAAAACUUGGAGAGUACCAAAAAAAUUUCACAUAGAGAGGUUUGGAGAUCAUUUGUUAUCAAAUGGAUUUUCCAUGGAAUAAAAAGGGAGGUUAAAUUGCAGUUAAAUUUUUAUGUUGCACAUCAGAACUGGCAAACUUAAAAUUAGUAAGUAAACACUUAAGUGAGUGUUAUUAACGUAUCAAAAUUUCCAAGCCUAACAAUGCAAGUCAACGUGAAUUACAAGAUUUGGUAAUCACUGUGAUAUGCGGGUUUCUGUGCCAAGAGCAUUUAACAGAAAUUCUGGGGCAGAGGGCUAUUCGUAAUAAAGAAAUAAACUUUUGUACUAUCACAGUCAUCAGGUAACACCAGCUUCCUCUAGAAUAUUCAGUGUUUAUCCGACAUGAAUAGGAAUGCUGAUAAAUGACUGCAACAAUGUUGCAUUAUAUAAUCCUCAUAGCAAAAUCAUAAAUAACCCAUACCAUGAUUUGGAAGGUUAUCAACAGUUCUCCUGAGAAACAAAAACUUGAUGCUGAGUUUGAAACAUUGAUCAAACUUGUACUUAACGUCAAAUAACUUUGUUUAAUGUUUGGUUCCAGGUGCUACUUCUGAAUAGUACUAACUUAGAAACUGUAGACAACAUAGCAUUUUCAAAUAUUUCCAGUCUUCAACAGCUAUAUCUUCAUGACAACAGAUUAGUGGAGUUUCCUUCCAAACCAAUGGCUCCACUCACUUCACUCCAAAUCCUAGUUAUCAGCAACAAUUUCAUCAAGGAAAUUAAAUCAGGUGCAUUUGAGCAUUUGCAGGAGCUCAGGGAGCUGCACUUGGGGCCCCAAGCACAGUUUCAGGAUUUUCAAUAUCAAGCAUUAAUGCCUCUGAGAAAAAUUAAGGUGCUGAUUCUAAGAGACCUCAACCUCACAUUUGUACCAGUCAUUAAUCAAAUGCAAUUGCUUCAGGAGCUGGACUUAUCCAAUAAUAAGAUUGCUCGAGUGUUAUCACAGUACUUUUAUAAACUGACCAAACUACGGACAUUGCGAUUGUCAGGGUCGGGCAUUACAUUUAUAAGCAAAUCGGCCUUCAAUUCUCAAAAUAAUCUGAGAUUAUUGGAUUUGUCCAGGAAUAAACUUGUUGCCUUUUCUAGAGAGAUACUAAAUCCCAUCAUUCGAUCAGUAGAUGGUGCUGUAGACAUCAAACUGACCCAAAACCCAUUUCACUGUGAUGCCAGGAUGUGCUCUGUGAAGAAGUGGUUGGAUACUGUGAAGGUCCAGCUCGAUAUGUUGUGUAACAGUCCUGACAGCUUCAAAGGGCUCUGGAUGAGCCAGUUGCCACUUUCUCUUUUUAACUGCUCGAAUGAGUCUAAUUUUGUAUUUUUACCAAAAGCAUCUCAAGCAAACAAAACUAGUAUUGUUCAUUCAUUUCUUGGCAAAGGGAUCACUGCUAUUGUAAUUGUUGCUGCAGCUGUACUCUUCACUCUCCUCCUCAGCCUAAUAUACUUAUCACCAGUGAAGUCAGUUGGAUCACUGAGACAAUGUGGCUGCAACAGAGUGGAAUCUACUCCACAGGAGAAUGAAGAGCAAGACACAUGCAGUUCUUUUAUUUAAAUAAGAUGGAUAUCAUAUUUUCAAAAUUUGCAUCAACACUGUACAAUGGAAGAAACUCUGAUCUACUACUGUAAAAUAAGAUAAAUGAUCCUACAUACCCAAUAAAGUUUUUGUUUCUUCGUUUAUAUUAA